AUGAGGAGAGAGAACCAAAGCAGCGUGUCCCAGUUCCUCCUCCUGGGGCUCCCCAUCCCACCAGGGCAGCAGGGCGUGUUCUUCACCCUGUUCCUGGGCAUGUACCUGAUCACGGUGCUGGGCAACCUGCUCAUCAUCCUGCUCAUCAGGCUGGACUCUCGCCUGCACACGCCCAUGUACUUCUUCCUCAGCCACUUGGCCUUCACUGAUGUCUGCUUUUCAUCUGUCACUGUCCCUAAGAUGCUCAAGGACAUGCACACUAAGUAUAAAUUCAUCCCCUAUGCAGGGUGUAUUUCACAGAUGUAUUUCUUCAUAUUUUUUACUGACCUGGACAGCUUCCUUAUUACAUCAAUGGCUUAUGACCGAUAUGUUGCCAUCUGUCACCCUCUUCAGUACACCACCAUCAUGAGGAGAGAGCUGUGUGUUUUACUAGUGGCUGUGUCCUGGAUCCUGUCCUGUGCCAGCUCCCUUUCCCACACCCUCCUCCUGACCCAGUUAUCCUUCUGUGCUAACACCAUUCCCCAUUUCUUCUGUGACCUUGGGGCCCUGCUCAAGCUGUCCUGCUCAGACAUCUCUCUCAAUGAGUUGGUCAUGUUCACAGUAGGGGUGGUGGUCAUUACUCUGCCAUUUAUAUGUAUCCUGGUAUCUUAUGGCUACAUUGGGGCCACCAUCCUGAGGGUCCCUUCAACCAAGGGGAUCUGUAAAGCAUUGUCCACAUGUGGGUCCCACCUCUCUGUAGUGUCUCUAUAUUAUGGGGCAAUAUUUGGGCAGUACCUUUUCCCAACAUUAAGCAAUUUCAUUGACAAGGACAUCAUUGUGGCUCUCAUGUACACGGUGGUCACACCCAUGUUGAACCCCUUUAUCUACAGCCUUAGGAACAGGGCCAUGAAAAAGGCCCUUGGGAAACUUUUCAGUAAAGUAACAUUUUUCUCACAGUAA